AUGUUGCUCAACAUCCCACUCGCCUUUCCGGCAAUUGCCCUGGCAUUAGUUGUAGUGGCACCUCUCCUCCUGCGAUACGUAGGCCACAGCCAGAAACUGCCGCUUCCUCCAGGACCGCCUGGGGAAGCUCUCUUGGGUCACCUUCGUGUUAUCCCAACAGACCAUCCAGAGUACGCCUAUACGCAAUGGGGGAAAGAUUACAAUUCCGACAUCUUGCACUUCUCUAUGCUGGGUCGCUCCAUCAUCGUCCUUAACAGUGUCCAAGCUGCCCGUGACCUAAUGGACAAGCGAGGAGCCAACUUUGCAGACCGUCCUCGCUUUGUCUUAUUCGAGGUCAUGGGCUGGGGCAUAACCCUCACUUUCCUCCGCUGGUCUCCCCGAUUCAAACUGCAUCGAAAGCUAUUACAGCAAUCCUUUACUCAGUCUGCGUGCAAGGCUUACCGCCCGAUCCAGAUUGAUGAAGCUCGCCGCGCAGCCAGGGCUAUAUUGAGAAGCCCAGAUAACUGGGAACUGCUCUUGCGCCAGUUCUCCACUGCCGUUGUCCUUCAAAUUGGAUUUGGCAUUGAUAUCCAAGAGAAAGAUGACCCAUAUAUCCGCAUGUCGAUCGAUGUAGAAGAGGCGACUGGUGAGGGAGGUGUUCCUGCGGCAAGCUUGGUCGACUUCUUCCCUUCGUUGAGAUAUCUUCCCAACUUUAUCUCGGGUAUGAGCAAGCUGUUGAGUCCACUAGUUCAUGCUCGUCGCACCAGGGCAUCAAUUCAAAACCUGCACGACGCUCCGUGGGACAAGAUUGAACCCUCGAUGCGAGCCUCCAAAGUCACGCGCCCGUCUUUCAUGCUCACGCAUUUCGGGCGCUAUCUUGAGAAUGAAGCUAAGGGUGUCCUGAAUGAGGCGACAAUCGACGAUUUGAAGGGUGCCGCCGGGGCUAUUUCCAUUGCUGGAGGCAACACAACCUGGUCCACGAUUAUCGUAUGCGUAUUGAAUCUCAUACUUCAUCCAGAGGUACAGCAGAAGGCACGUGCUGAACUGGAAGACGUGAUCGGCACCGAUGAGAAUGGGGACCUUCUACGGCUCCCUGAAUUUGAGGACCGGGCACAACUCAAGUUUCUAGAAUACACUAUCCAGGAAACGACCAGGUGGGCACCGCUUUCACCCCUUGGAGUCCCUCACGCAACAAUCACCGACGAGUCUUACAAAGGAUACCAUAUCCCCGCUGGAUCGGUGGUCUACGCCAAUGCUUGGGCCAUGUCUCGAGACGAGAAUGUGUAUUCGUCUGCUGAUGACUUCAUCCCAGAAAGAUAUGCUCCCGUAUCCGAGGGCGGAUAUGGUGAGCCACUUCCCGACGGGCCCUUUGGGUUUGGUAGAAGGGUGUGCCCGGGGCAGUAUCUUGCCCUGUCUGGCGUGUAUAUCAUAAUUGCGACCAUGAUAGCCACCAUGGAUAUGAAGUGCCCGGUUGAUGAAGAUGGGAAUGAGGUGAAACCCAAGGUUUCUUUUUCUAAUGGAUUAAGUGGAGUUCCGGACAACUUUGGGUGUUCAAUCACGCCACGAUCGGAACGGGCCAAGGAGCUUCUUGGACUGGCGUGA